GCUCACGGCCAUGACUGAGUGCUCUGUCGCCACCUUGGCUUUGUUUUUGGCUUUGCUUAGAAUGGCGUGGCCAUUUUGUGGCAGCGCUUCUUCGUGUCCUGUUCGUCCUCGUCCACUGGUGGGGAGUGACCAAGUGCAAAUGCCUUGAUUUGUUUUCUUCGUUCAUUAUACGCGUUUGAACGACGGCUAGCCUCCCCUCCUGCGAGACAGCCACCAUCAUGGCCAGCCUCCCCCAAGAACCGCCUCAGGACACCGCCAAACAGAGCUUCUGGAUGCCCGGGAAUUACGUGCCGACGGUGCACAGGACCCAGCAGUCGUACCAGGCUUGCAACGACCUGGUGGCUUGCUUCGCCGAGAGGGCCCGGGUUGAAAAGCAGUACGCCCAGCAGCUCAGCCACUGGAGCAGCAAGUGGAAAACCAUCAUGGACUUUCGGCCGCUGUACGGCUCUCUGAUGACGGCCUGGCAGAGCUUCUUCACCUCCGCCGAGCGCCUGUCCGCCCUCCACUCCUCCAUCUCGCAGUCUCUGGUGGCCGAAGAAGGCGUGCGCGUGAAGACCUGGCAGAGGGAGACCUUCCCCAAAAAACUCUUCUGCGGCUUCCGCGAAAGCCACGACAACAACGCCAGUUUUUCACGUGCGCAGAAGCCCUGGAACAAAAAGCUGACCAAGCUGGAGAAGGCCCGAGUCGCGUACCACAAGUGCUGUCAGAAGGAGCAGAACGCCUCGGACAAAGAGAAACGGGCCAACGAGGGCGAAAACUGGAGUCCGGAGAAAAGGCAGAAGCUGACGGAGGCCCGAGAGGUGGCCACGCUCGCGAAAGAAAAGGCCCGGGAGCGCUACGAGAAAAUCCUGGAGGACGUGACGAGCUACACGCCGCGCUACAUGGAGGAGAUGGAGGUCAUUUUUGAGGAGUCGCAGGAGGAGGAGAGGAAACGCAUCAGCUUCUUGAAGCAGGCCUUCCUGUCCAUCCACCGACACCUCGACAUCACCAACAACGAGAGCAUAAAGGAGGUUUACAACGAACUUCACCAAACGCUGAUGGCCGUCAACGAGCAAGAGGACCUCAAAUGGUGGAAGAACCAUCACGGUCCUGGCAUGCUGACCAACUGGCCAAAGAUCCAGGAGUGGCAUCCACCGGUGAAAAAGCUGAAAAGAAAGAAGAGAGACCAGAAAGCCAACGAAGGCCGUCCAGUGAUGAUCGGAGGCGUGAAGGUUCGAGCACUCUACGACUACACGGGGGAGGAGGGCGAUGAGCUGUCCUUUAAAGCAGGUGAGGAAUUCUUGAAGGUGGAGGAGGAGGACGACCAGGGCUGGUGCCGGGGGGUCCUGAGCGGAGGCAAGGAGGGCUUCUACCCGGCCAAUUACGUCGAACUCAUCGAGUGACGUCACGCUUGCCAAACGAUUACGUGGCGUCGUUGGGAACGUGUAGCAUUUAACACGUACGUUCUGUGGGCGUCGGUGACUGGAAUUGGCCGACUUAAUCCAACGCGUCUACGCCGCCGCUAUCACCUCGUAAAAAAAUUUCCCUGACACAGAUUUACAGUUAUGCUUGCGUCUUCAUGAGGAUCAUAUUUAAAGUACUCGGAUCGGGGUUUCCCAAGCUGUGGUUCAGGGCCCCAAAAUGGGCCGUCAGUCAAUUUGCAUUGGACAGUCAGUGUAUGAAUAUGUGAAAAGUUGGUUUUCAUGAACAUUACUCAGGCGUGCAGUUUUCUUGGACACUGGAUUUUGGAAUCAAGUUCAACGUACAUCAUCACUUUAUAGACGGUUUACGUCAUUGGUAAGGUACGUACUUCACGAUGUAUUUGAGUAUGUUCGGGUCCCGCGACGAACCGAGUUGACUUUACGAAAACGUUUUUUUUUUUUUUUUUUUUUUUUUUUAAACAAAAGAAAUAUAAAACAAAUGUUUUCCAUCCACUCCAGCAGAUUUUUUUUCCCCACACAAGUGAAUAAAAUGCAGAAAAUGUGACUGGAAAGGAGUUGUGUGGUAUUUAGUUGAAUUACAUUAUAUUGCAUAGUAGCAUAUAGUUGAACAAUUACAGUAUGAUAGAUAGCUUAUUAUUACAGAUUGCACAAAGCACUUCAAUUUUUUGAAUAAAAUAUAAUAAAUGGAUGUGAAAGUCA